AUCUUGCCGGGGGAGGCGAGGGGGCGGAUCUACGUGGGUUCCAUGGGGGUUCCGCCUCCGCGAGUGACGCGACGCGACGCUGAGCUGCCGGCGGAGUAAUAACGGUCGCGGCGCGCGGACGGACGGGGAGCUGCGGACGGCAGAGGGGCGACAGGCGGUUUGUCAUCAUGGAAUACAGCAAUAGAAUUGCAAGGAGUUGUUUCAUAGGAUUUGUGUGUCUUGUACUAUCAGGCAGGCAUAACCUGGUGUCAGUUCGAUCUCAAGCACAUCCACCACAUGAUUCUGAAAUUACUGAGGGUCAUCGACCAAACAUUCGUCUGGAUAAGAACCUUGUUCAAGAUAAAGAUCAUAUAAUGGAGCAUUUAGAUGGUGUGAUAGACAAACCAGAAUCUGAGAUGACGCCACAAGAACUUCAACUUCAUUACUUUAAAAUGCAUGAUUACGAUGGGAAUAACCUACUUGAUGGAUUGGAACUAAUUUCAGCCAUUACACAUGUACACAAAGAGGAAAAUGGUGGCCAAGGACAACCCAUGAAUGAGGAGGAAAUUGUUAGCUUGAUUGAUGAUGUUUUAAGGGAUGAUGAUAAAAAUAAUGAUGGAUACAUCGAUUACGCUGAGUUUGCAAAAUCACUAGAGUAAAAAAAGACAUAAUUUAGUUAGUUUUCAUUCUCUGACAGCCAUUGAGAGUUUAUUUUUUACUUGGUUAAGGUCAGUUAACUUUAUUUUCUAAACAACUGAGCCAAUCAUAGUUUACCAGCCUCUCUGAACCAGAAUGUUUUAACUUUUCUGUACCGAAUUGUAAACUCAAUUUUGAAACUUCACUGGAUAUGUAUGAAUUUUUUUGUGCAAUUUCAAAGUGAAAUAUGUAAAGGUGAGUAUGUUAACCUUGCUGUCCUAUUAUUGCAAUAUAUUGUGACAUUUUGCAUUAGUCACAUUCAGUUAAUAAACAUAAUGAAUGAAAUAUUGACAUGAAAAGUAUAACAAUAUAAUUUAUAUUGGGGGGGGGGGGGAGAGAGUCCAUGUUAGAAAACAUAUGGUAUCAGUCCCUAGUCAUGAGUGCAAGUUCAGUGACCUGGAGGAUAAACUUUUACUUUAAAAAUAAAAUCAUUAUUACAUGUUAUAGGUCAUGAGACACCAUUUUGGAUGACAAAUGAAUUACUUUUGUUUGUGCUCUUUGACUUUGUGUAUAAUGCUAUAAUAGGUAUGAAAUGGAGCAUUCUAUACGUUAAAUGUAUUAUUUCAAAAGCCUACUUGUAUAACGUUGUAAUAGAGAAAACGUUUGUAUUAAGGUACAAUUUUAAACUGCUCUGGGCCAGCAGUGAAAUACUAUUGGUAUGCCAUUUGAUAUGGUAAUUCAUAUUUGCACUGAUCAUUCUUCACAUUUCCUAAUAUCUGUUGUGCUGUAUAAAUACACACGAUAGAGAUUAUAGGCUUACUGAAACACAGUGAAUAAAUUCUGUGGUAAUUUGGAAUAAAAAUAUAGUUGAUGUUUUUUAAAGCUACACUCAUGAUAGCUGUUGCUACUUCCCGUAUUUAAAUACAUUAUGCGUUUUGAAAUCUGGCUUAUUUUAAUGAUAUUCUGCCUUUUCAAUAAGUUGGAAGUUAUUCAUAUCAAUGGGACUAUCUUGGACUUCAGUAGACCUUUUGGUGAAGGGAGAAUACACUGGUCUUGAAAACCCAUUGUUUAGGUUUCAAUGUAUAUGUAUUAUAACAGUGUUCUCUAUUACAACAAGUAUUACAUGAAUUAAAGUAGAAAAUCGUUUAUAUUGCUUGUACAGUUUCUGCUUGAUCAAAGAAUGUUUGCAACUUUUAAGUACACCUGGGAUCAAAUUGAAACACCACUUGAAAGAUUAAAUCAUAACUUAAUGGAUGAUGACUGUCAUUAUGGCAUGAUACCUUUUAAUGGUUCAUCGUAUGCUAAUUCAGAUCAAAUGGCAAGUGAAGGAUAGCAAAGUAACAUAAUGUAAAUUACCAAGCUGCUGUUCUUUUACGUAUAAAUUACUGUUUAUGUAUUGUUGCUGCUAUUAAAGCUGGAUAACCAUCUGCCACUAAA